GUUUCACACUUGAGACAUGUAUGGCGCCUUCCUGACAUUUGUAUUGUUUAUGAGCAGGCAGACACGUGCCGAAUGUAGGCAUCCAAGGAGGCGUGCGUGAUGCAUGCUAUGCUUGGGGCGGGCAUAGAGUUUUGCAGGUAUCAUGAGUAAAUGAAAAGCAUUUUGUUCAAGAAUCUCCAGUACCACAGGAAACUCCUACUGACAAACUUGAAUUAUUUGUCACUGUCACCACCAUUAAAAAUGGCCAGCACUCAAGAAGAUACUUGUGAUGGUGAUAUGAAAACUGAGGACAAGCUAAAGGCUUCUAACAUUGUGACUCGCUCGGAAGUAGUGGUGGACAGAAAUGCUUAUACCAUUGUAAAGGAAGGUCAAGCAGAAGUACUGUUUCCAAGCUCAAAAGAUGUUUUCUACAACCCUGUGCAGGAGUUCAACAGAGACCUCAGUGUGUCUGUGCUGCGGAUCCUGGCAACGCAGCACCAAGAGCAGCUCCGUGAAAAGGAGGAGAAGCUGCGCAGCAAGCAGGCAAAGCUUGAUUUGAAGCAAAAGCCACUGACUGUUUGUGGGGGACUGGAACUGGAACAGCAGGAGAAGCAGCCAGACCAGGGGGUUGUGGAGCAGCAGCCAGUGCCUUCUGAUGACAGCAUGAAGAGAGAUGAGGAGCCCCAGCUAACUCCUGGUGUCAAGUGCGAGACGGGCCUGCGCGUGCUGGAGGCUCUAGCCGCGUCCGGCCUGCGCUCGUGUCGGUUCGCGCGCGAGGUGGGCGGCCUCCGCCAGGUGGUGGCCAACGACCUGUCGCCGGCCGCCGUCGAGGCCAUGCGGCGCAACGUGGAGCACAACGGCGUGGAGGGCCUGGUGGAGCCGCACCAGGGCGACGCCAGUCUGCUGAUGUACGGCGCCCGGCGGGAGCGGUUCGACGUGGUCGACCUGGACCCGUACGGCUCCCCGGCCGUGUUUCUGGACUCGGCCGUGCAGGCCGUCAGCGAUGGCGGCGUGCUCCAGGUGACCUGCACGGACAUGGCUAUCCUGUGCGGCAACGCUCCAGAGACGUGCCACGCCAAGUACGGCGCCGUCUCCGUCCGCAGCAAAAUGUGCCACGAAAUGGCGCUGCGGAUAGCGCUUCAGUGCGUGGAGACGCACGCCAAUCGUUACGGUCGCUACAUCGAGCCGCUGCUCUCGAUCAGCGUCGACUUCUAUAUCCGGCUGUUCGUGCGCCUCCGCUCCUCCGCCGCCAAGGUCAAACUGUCGGCCAGCAAGAUGGCGUACGCGCUGGUCUGCUCCGGCUGCGACUCGUGGAGGCUACAGCCCAAGUGUCGCGUAACGUGGAACGGCACCAACCCCAAGUUUUCGCUGGCUGUGCCGCUGCCCAACGGUGACAAGUGUCCCCACUGCGGCUUCGCCACCCACCUGUGUGGCCCGCUGUGGUCGGCGCCGAUCCACGACGCCGGCUUCGUCGCCACGUUACGGGACUCCCUACAGGAGGACGAGCUCGCCACCUACAAGCGCAUGGUCGGCGUGCUGUCUGUGAUCAGUGAGGAGCUGCCAGACGUGCCGCUGUACUACGACGCCGGCCGGCUGGCUAGCACGUGUCGACUCUCGGUGCCGCCGAUGCUCGACCUCAGGUCCGCCUUCCUGAACGCCGGGCACCGCGUGUCGGGCUCGCACUGUAACGCGUCGGCCGUGAAGACGGACGCGCCGGCCGAGUUCGUGUGGUCGGUGGUGCGCGCGUGGGAGGCGCUGAACCCGGCGCGGCGCGCCAGCCUCGCCGCCGGCUCGCCGGCCGCCGCGCUGCUCGCCGUGCCGGCGCCGGAUGACGUCAGCUUCGCGCGCCACCCGCUGGCCAAUCCGGAGUCGCGCCGCCUGCAGCUGCGCCGCUUCCAACAGAACCCGCAGUCCCACUGGGGGCCGAAAGCGCGCGCCAAGACCAGCAUCUCGCAUGAGGCGAUGCAGGCCAAGCAGAGCAGAAACCAGGGCAAGAAGCGGCGCGCGCGCGAGCGGGACGACUCGGCCUCGCCACCGGUGGAGCCGCACAAGAGGGAGAAGGUGGAGGAGGCGGCGGACAGCGGCGGUCCGCCGGCGCCGGCUGCUGAGACCUGAAUACAACACGCUUGAAGCCACCCGUGUUUGUGAACGUGGACUGGUUUUGGCGGGAGUUUGCCACAGUUUUGGCGGGAGUUUGCGGGAGACCUGCAGGCUGCGAACGUUAUCUUUUCCAGAUGGACGGCUGCCCCAAAAUCGUCAAUUUGGGAAGCUCCAAGACCGACUUGUGUUAUGGACGGAAGAAGUACGACUCCAAGAGAAGAUAAUCACUUACGAAUCGGUGUAUCAUGAUUCGGAUAGCCCGUCCAUAGUCAUCUCUUUGUGCGCAUUUGGCCGGUGACAGUGUUUUGAUAUCGCCGUGCUGUGACGUCAAUAAACAAGAGACGUGUACGAUA